AUGACACAAUCUCAGACCCUCAACGAGAAGACCUCCGCCAGUACCCUCGUCCAACCUCCCACCACGGGCAUCACCUUCAUCGACGAGAAGCACACCACCACCUCCAACGUCGCCUCCACGCCCAUGGACGGAGCCUGCACCCAUGCCAAUAAUGCAAGCAGCUCGGCCUACCCAAACCUGACCCACCUCCUCCAAACGCCCACAGCCCGCACCAUAAUCCAGUCCACCAUCACGCACCUCCAACGCAUCCUCGACGAGGACGCCUGCACUGCAUGCGCGGUUGAAUCUGGCGUGAAGAGUGCGACCGAGGGGGUGUUGGAGGCAAAGCGGGCGAAGAAGGAGAACGGGAAGAAGAGUUGGGGUUGGUGGAGUGCUGCGCCGACGGAGGAGGAUGGCGCGAAAGGUGGCAAGAUGGCGGAGUGGCAGAGGGAAGGGUGGGACAAGGCGAGGGUCAAGGCGGCGGGGAAGGAGAUGAAGGGCUUGGUUAGGGGUGUCAGGGAGGAGGUGAAGAGGGAGGUGCAGCUGAAGGCUUGA